GAGACUUCAAACAAACAAUUGUAAUUGUUGCUCUAUCCUUUACGUGUAUCCCGUUCCCUUCCCUUACCCCCUUUGUUUCUGUGUUCACAGUGACUGAGCAACAGAACUCCAAGAAACCGCCAUUGCGGACCACUAUUACAAAAAUUUUUGAAAACAACAAAUGCGAUAUACUUGACCAUCCUCUGCGGCCACCGUUCGUAAAGUGUGCAAAUGGACAUAAUGUCUGCGGCUCAUGUCGUCAACAGCUGACAAGUGACGAAUGCCCCUAUUGCAGAGUGCCAUUAACAACGGUAAUCGAAGAUCGUAUAUUGGAUGAGAUUUUUUAUGCUGUCCAUCCGACAUUUGGUUCAGAUGACCCAGAGCCUCCAUUAGGCCGGGGGGCCAACCGGUCCUUGAAUACAACUUCCGCUGGACCCUCACGACUGCCAAGGGGCAGGGGGUAUCUCCUCUCCCAAUUGGGAGUGCU